AACCCAAUCAUAAUAAAUGCUCUUCAUUCACACAAUCUCACACCCUCUUUUACAACUCUCUUUCAUCUAUAUAUGUUCACAACACUACAACCUCUGCAACAAUCAAACCCUUCAACACUUUCCACCUUAACAAUUCAUCAUAUCAUGAGUUUUGAUGAAACACCAAACACAGGACUUGGUCUUGGCCUUGGUCUUGGUCUUGUUACCUUCCAUGAUCAAUCAGAUAACUGCAUGAAGAGUGAUGCCCACAACAUCAGAAGGGUGGAGAAUCCAUCAGACUGUAACAAGACAUACCCUUCACUUACUUUAGGACCACCAGAAGAUGAUGAUCAUGAUGAAGUGAAAAAUGAUCGACCAAGUUCAAAGACAGAGUCCUAUGAAUAUUUUCGGGCACAGGUUUCUUCUCCCAGUGUGGUUUCUUCAUUUUCCAACUCCUCUAGCAUCAAGAGGGAGCGAGAUCAGGCCACCGGAGAAGAAUUUGAUGUAGACCUAGAGAACGUUCAAACAAGGGUAGCAGAUGCUGACGAAGAUGGUAACCCCAGAAAGAAACUUAGACUCACCAAAGAACAAUCAGCAAUCUUGGAAGAAACCUUCAGAGAACAUUCUACUCUCAAUCCGAAGCAAAAGCAAGAAUUGGCAAUGAAGCUGAAUCUGCGAACCAGACAAGUAGAAGUGUGGUUUCAGAACAGGAGAGCCAGGACAAAGCUAAAACAAACUGAGUCAGAUUGUGAUCUAUUGAAGAAGUGUUGUGACAGUCUGACAGAAGAAAACAAGAGGUUGCAAAAGGAGGUUGAAGAACUAAAGUCAAUGCAAGCAAUUUCAGUGCCUCUUUACAUGCAGAUUCCAGCAGCCACACUUUCCCUAUGCCCUUCUUGUGAGAGAAUUUGUGAUAGUAAAAGUGAUGAUGAAAAUACCAACAACAAUACUUCUUCAUUGCUUUUUCCUUCAAAAACACAUCAUAAUCACUUUUACAAAAGUAACUAUCCUUUCUCCCACUCUUCGUCUGCAGCAUGCUAAGCUCUCUGUCUUUCAAGAUCAAUGCUAUUCAUCAAGUAAUUAUUACUAUAUAUACUUUCAUAAUUAAUUACUUAGAAUGUAAUUAAAUAUAUAUAGCUGAUUAAUUUAGAGAUCAAUCCCAACCACAUGCUUUCUUCUAAUGUAUGCACGUGGUUAAUUAUAUAUAUAUAUAUAGUAGCUAGAAAGAAAAAUUCAUAUAGACAUUUUCUAUUUGUUGUAAUUUAAUUAUAUAUAUAUAUAUAUGUAACAUAUUA